AUGUUUCUCUUUGGUUGUAUAGGCCUUUACCAAUCAAAAAUUGGUUUAGAAUUAGCUGAUGUUCUCCCUGAAGAUACAGCUCCAGCUGCGUUUUUAAAAGCUAGAGAAAAAUAUUUUAGUUUCUAUCCAAUGUUUAUUGUUCCUAUGGGACCGGGUGUUGACUAUUCUAGACAACAAAGAAAAUUGGAACAAUUGAGGGCUGAUAUUGCUCAAUCUGAAUUUGUUAUCAAAGCAGAUGGAAAACCAGAAGCUUAUUGGAUGAUAUUUAUGCGUACUUGGCUUCAUGCACUUCAAGCACAUUUAGACAAAGCUCGACGUGUUGGAAUUCAACCAACUGAUAGUCUUAUUCAAAUUGCCGCCUCUUCUUUAGCUAUUAACUACACACUUGUUGAUGACUUUUAUUUGGCUAGAAGAUUACUUUGUUCUAGGGGAGAAGAAUAUAAUUGUUCUAAUAAAUUACAAACUCGACUUAUUGACUCUGAGGAUAUUAUUGAUUCUGCUGGAUUUUACAAUUAUUUAACUGCUUGGUUUCAUUUAGAUAAUAUGAUGUAUUAUGUUUCUCAAGCAGGCUUUUUUCCAACUCCUCCAGGAUGGCGGUUUGUUCCUUCAGAGGAAGGUGUUGUCCCUCAAGCAGAACCUUUAAUUUAUUCUCAAAUUCCGUUUUAUAUGAAUGGAUUGACUGAAACACCUGCAAUUGUUCAAAUGAUUAAAGAAAUCCGUGCCAUUUGUGAUCGUUAUACGAAUGAAGGGUUCCCUGUAUAUCCUACUGGUAUUCCAUUCACAUUUUGGGAACAAUAUUUGCAAUUAACAUUUUAUUUGUUUGUCUCAAUUUUGACAAUUGCAACGGCAGUUCUCUUGGUUAUCUCUGUUAUAAUUUUUAAUCCUUGGGCAGCUGCAAUGGUAGCAAUUAUUGUUGUGUCGAUGACUGUAGAAUUAGCUGGAUUUAUGGGAUUAUUUGGAGUUAAAAUGAAUCCAAUUUCAGCAGUUACUUUAAUUACAGCUGUUGGAAUAGGUGUUGAAUUUACUGCACACGUUGUUCUUGCUUUCCUUACUUCUCUAGGUACUAGAGAUGAAAGGAUGGUUUCUUGUUUGGAUCAUAUGUUUGUUCCUGUAAUUCAUGGUGGUCUUUCAACCCUUUUAGGCAUUGUUAUGCUUGCCUUUUCUGAAUUUGAUUUUGUUGUUAAAUAUUUUUUUGUUGUAAUGUCUGCUCUAGUUAUUAUAGGAUUAAUUAAUGGUUUAGCUCUUUUGCCAGUACUUUUGUCACUUAUUGGGCCUCCUUGUGAGAUAACACCUUUUGAUGGUGAUGGCACUCAAUUAGCUUGUCCUUUAUCUAAACGACAUAGUAGUUCUAAUAGCAGUAAUAGUGGUAGAAGUAGUGUUGUUAAUCCUUUUAUGAUAGCACUUCCACCUGAUUCUGAUAUGGAAAAACAAAAAGUGGAUGCUUUAAAUGGUCUUAAAACAACUCAAAAUCCAAAUAAUAAUGCUCCUAGUUGUUCUUCUUCCUCUUCUACCUCUUCUUCAGAAGCAAGUCUCAACUCUUCAUCAUCAUCUCCAACUUCAAGAAGUUCUGAAAACAAAAGACAAAACGAAGAAAAACAACAACAAUCAACAAUACAUAAUUAUCACGAAUCACUUUCUACAUUAUAUGAAGCAUCUACAAAUACAAGUGGUGCUGAGGAAAGUAUUAAUGAAAAAAUAAAAACAAAAUAA